CUCAGCCCCAGCUCUGUGAUGCUUCUGCGGUCUCUACUGAAGGAUGCGCCUGCCAGGGAUAACGAUGGGAAUUCUGAUUAAUAAUAAGCAAGAGAGAAGAGCAGUGGGCUCCUACCAGCAAACCCGGAGGCGGGGACGCUAAGCAAUGCGGCACUCCCUGGCAUCCAUCAGCCCCGGCUUCGGCGGCGGCGGCGGCGGCGGCGGCGGCGACAGCAGCAUCAACUCCUCUCCGUGGGAUGGCACGAGCAGAGAAGAGGGGCGGCAGCUGGGACCCGGGCCGAAGACGCACUGGGGAGCAGCCGUGACCACAUCGUCCGCCAGCAGCCCGCUGCCUCUCCUAGCAGGAGGGUGGGGGUGCGGAGCUAGGGCCACCGGCGUCCCAGGUCCUCGCCUGGCCCUGCCAUCCGCGUCCCCGGGAGAGGAGAAGGGAGGGAGCAGGGUUCCAAUGCCUGGAUGGAGAAGGCCACGCGGGCGGCCGCCGCCUCUGUGCGCCCCAGCGGCCGGGCGCUGCGCGCGGCGGGGCGGCUGCUGCGGGGCGCGGGGCGCGGGCCUCUCCCGGUGCGCGCCGGGCGGCGGGAGUCAGGCGCGCCCCUCCGGGCUGAGGCUGCUGCGGCGGCUCCGGCUGCCGCGGCUAAAAGAGGACUCGGCUCAGCCCAACUCCUCUCUAAUUAUCCCAGCACAGAUCUAG